CUGCGACUGGCCAGCACCCCACCUCCAUCCGUUCUCAGCUCCAGCCCAUGCUACGGACACGCCGCUCUCCCCAUGCAUGCUGCAACUGCCUUUCUCUUUCCUGAGAGGUGCCAGCCCUCAGCCUGGCCGCCCUCAGGUCGCGCGGCCGCGUGCAUAAGGCUGGCAGCAAACCUCUCCCUCUCCCUCUCCCUCUCCGUCUACGUCUACGUCUACGUCUACGUCUACAAGCAACUGCAACUGCAACUGCAACUGCAACUGUAAGUUAUAGCAUGGAACAAGCAACAUCUACCUCGACAAGACACGGUGGAGAGCCAAACCCGCUCGACACUACUGGCCUCUGCUUGCUGUCUCUCGAUGGCGGCGGUGUGCGCGGGCUCUCAACGCUCUACAUCUUGAAGAGUAUCAUGGACCGACUGAACCGUGAGCUAAAGAAGGAUCCUCCACUAAAGCCAUGUGAGAUGUUUGACCUCAUCGGGGGGACCAGCACCGGCGGGCUGAUUGCCAUCAUGCUUGGCCGGCUCGAGAUGAGCGUCGAUGAAUGCAUCGACGCAUACAGCGAGCUCGCUGCAGACGUCUUCAGCGAGAAGCUGCACCGCCUUCCAACCACGAUCAAGGGGGAAGUUCAGCCGCGAUUCGACUCGGCGAGGCUGGAGAGCGCCAUUCGAAAGGUGGUAGCCAAAGGCGGUGCGUCUGAGACCGCCCUAUUCAACGACGGAACGGAGCGCGGGUGCAGAACCUUCGUGUGCUCGAUCGACCGCGACACAAAGGACAUGGUCCGUCUCCGGAGCUACAUCCUCCCUGAUGAACCGGCCAUCCGUGCGACCGUGUGCGAGGCUGCCCUUGCGACGUCUGCCGCCACCACCUUCUUUGACCCAGUCAGCAUCGGAAGCCGCACCUUUGCCGACGGCGGCUUCGGUGCGAACAAUCCGGUGGACGAGGUAGAAGGGGAGGCGGCUAACAUCUGGUGCUCGGAAACGGGAGACUUGAAGCCGCUGGUCAAGUGCUUCAUCUCCAUCGGGACGGGUAACCCGGGCAAGAAGCCAUUCGAGGACGGCUUGCUCAAGUUUCUAAGCGAGACGGUGGUGCAGAUCGCGACGGAGACGGAGGCGACAGAGAGGAAGUUUAUCGCAAGGUGGGCCAAGCACUUCGACGAGAAGCGGUAUUUCCGUUUCAAUGUCGAGCAGGGACUGCAGAACAUCGGGCUGGAGGAGUACAAAAAGAAGGGCGCGAUCGAAGCGGCUUCGGAGGGGUAUCUCACGCACAUGGCACAGAAGUUCCGGGUGCGUGACUGCAUCCAGAACAUGAAACUUAAGCAGAAUAAAUCAGCUGUCAACCUUCCCUAUAUAAUUAAUGAAUACAACGAGCUACGCAUCAUAGAGCUCCGCAUCAUAGAGCUCCGCACUUUGCCACAAGCAGAAGCACCGUGGAUUGUGCCCUUUGAGGAAAACACACAGUUCGUGGGGCGGGCUUCGGAACUUGCACAGAUCAAUGAUUUGCUUGCAAACGACAGUCGCUGCGAGCGCGUGGCCAUUGUUGGUCUCGGAGGAGUGGGGAAGACGCAGAUCGCGCUCGAGUCUGCCCAUCGGUGGCGGGAGGAGCACUCGCAUUGUGCAGUGUUCUGGAUACCGGUGACGAACGUCGAGAGCAUGCUGGAGGCAUAUGUGGAGAUUGGCCGGCAACUGAAGAUCCCGAAUGUCGAGCAGGAGAAGGCAGACGUGCAGAGGCUCGUGCAGCGCAGGUUGAGCGAAGAGAGCUCUGGGAGGUGGCUGAUCGUAUUCGAUAACGCCGACGACAUCGACCUGUGGACGGAGAAAGUAAGCACGUCGGCUGGCUCCGACCGUCGGAUCAACUACCUGCCCAAGAGUAAGCGCGGAUCGAUCCUGUUCACGACCCGAAGUCGAAAGGCGGCGAGGGAGCUGGCUGGCACGAACGUGGUCUUGGUCAACGAGAUGGACGACGACACAGCAAAGGCCCUCCUUGGGAAAUACCUGACCGACCAGAAGCUGUUGAAGGACGAGCAGGCUACGGAAGACUUGCUCGUCAAGCUUACGCGUCUCCCACUUGCCAUCGCCCAAGCAGCCGCAUACAUUGACGCGAAUGGCAUCAGCUUAUCGACAUAUGCCGCUCUUCUCGACGAUACGGAGCUAAACAAAGUCGAGCUCCUAAGUGAAGACUUCGAGGACAGAGGGCGAUACGAAGACAUCAAGAACCCGAUUGCAACGACCUGGCUCAUUUCGUUCGAGAAGAUACGGACGCGCAAUCCGCUGGCGGCAGAGUAUCUGUCGUUCAUGGCGUGCGUCGAUGCAAAAGACAUCCCGCAGUCGCUGCUUCCGCCAGCGCAAUCGGCCAAGAAAGCGGUUGAUGCGAUCGGGAUGCUGAGCGCCUACUCUUUCGUCAGCAAGCACAAGACAGGCCAGCUGCUGGACCUCCACCGGCUCGUACAUUUGGCAACCAGGAACUGGCUACGAAAGGAGGAAUGUCUCGAGAAGUGGGCAGCUAAAGCUCUGGAACGACUAGAGGAGCUAUUCCCAGACCACAACCAUACGAACCGGAGCUUAUGGAGGAUGUACCUACCGCAUGCACGAUAUGCUCUUGGAAUAGGGUCAAAGAGCAUAAAAAUCGAGAAGACAAAGCUGCUCUAUAAAUUUGGAAAAUGUUCCUACGAUGAUGGGAGAUAUUUUGAUGCAGAGGAGGCGUUUGUAAAGGUGGCGCAAGUUCGAAAGAGUGCUCUUGUUGCAAAGCGCCUUUCUAGGUCGCAAAUUAAAACAUCUUUAGCACUCACAUACAGGAAGCAAGGCAGGUUGAACGAGGCCGAAGCGCUUUUUAAGGAAAUAAUGGAGGCUUGCAAGAAGAAGCGAGGACCAGACCAUACUGACACGUUGAUCAGCAUGGGUAACCUGGCGUCGACAUACACGAAGCAAGGCAAUUUGGGCAAAGCUGGGGAGCUUGGGGUGCAAAUAAUGGAGACUUUUGAGAAGAAGUUCGGUCCCAACCACCUUCGCACGCUGACCAGCAUGGCCAACCUGGCUGUGACGUACGGAAACCAGGAGCGGUGGAAGAAGGCCGAAGAGCUACAUGCAAAGGCACUCGAAAUACAAUCGAGGGUGCUUGGGGAGGAGCAUCCAGACACGCUGACCAGCAUGAACGACCUGGCGUUGACGUACAAGAAGCAAAGGCGGUGGAAGGAGGCCGAAGAGCUGGAGGUGCAAGUGAUGGAGACGAGAAAGAGGGUGCUUGGAGAGCAGCAUCCCGACACGCUGACCUGCAUGAACAAUCUCGCAUUCACGUUUAAAAGUCAAGGCUCUACAAGCAGAGCAAUUUCCCUAAUGGAGAAUUGCUGCAAGCUUCGGGCAGUAGUUCUGGGUCCUCAACAUCCCUCUACUAUAUCGUCUUGCAAAACCCUCACAUCAUGGCAGAUAGAGGCUAUGGAACUCAGCAAGCAGAAUGACACCUAA